CAGAAAGGGGAUUGGGUCUAGACAUCAUGACAAAAGAGGUUGGGUUAGUGCUGUUGUGAAGGGGGGUUGCUCAGGAGCCCCACUAUUAAACGCAAGUGGUGAGCUAGGAAGGAGCCUGUUAUUUAUUGUUGGUUACUUUCUGGAAGACACAUUCAAUCAGGAUGCCAGAGCCGGUCAAAAAAACAGUCUCAGCAUUUGCCAAGAAACCAAAGACUCAGGUGGCAGAGGAAGGGGCAACAGUAGUUUUUGAGACAGAGACAGAGAAGCCUGAUGCGAAGGUGAGAUGGCAGUGCAACACAAAGGACCUUGCCUCUGACGACAAGUAUGUGAUCAAGGCAGAUGGAAACAAGCACUCACUUACCAUCCAAGCAGUCACCAAGGAGGACGGCACUGCCUAUGCAGUGAUUGCCGGAGGGUCAAAAGUCAAGUUUGACCUAAAGGUGAAGGAGAAAGAAGUCAUGGAGGAAGUCAAAUUGGAAUUGAAGGAGAAAGUGAAGGAGGAAGUGAAGGAAAAGAAAGAGGAGGCCCAGGGUGGAGCAGGGGAGCCAGCAGCUUCCGAUCCAGCUGCUACAGACACUGUAGCUCCAGCGGAGGCCCCAACCCCAGCAGAGACCCCUGCAGCAGCGGACACUACACCAGCAGCACCUCAGCCAGGUGCCAAUAUACAGGCACAUGACACUCCAGGAUUUGAUGAAAGUCAAGCCCCUGACAUGAAGACAGACCUCACUGGCCUGUUUACAGAGAAACCCCAGAGUGGGGAGGUCACUGUGGGUGAGAACAUCAAUUUUGUGGCUAAAGUGAAUGCUGCUUCACUGCUGAAGAAGCCCACCAUCAAGUGGUUUAAGGGGAAGUGGAUGGACCUGGCUAGCAAGUCUGGAAAGAACCUGCAGCUCAAGGAGCUUUAUGAUCGUAACUCUAAGGUCUACACCUUUGAGAUGCAGAUCAUUGCAGCCAAGCCCAGCUUCGCUGGAGCUUACAGGUGUGAGGUGUCAUCCCGGGACAAGUUUGACAGCUGCAACUUUGACCUAACUGUGCAUGAGGCCCGGGCUGUGGAAGGGUUUGACAUCAGGGCAGCUUUCAGGCGCACCAGUAUGGAUGGAAGCGAGGAAGCAGGAGAGUUGGACUUCAGUGCCUUGUUGAAGAAAAGAGACAGUUGUUUUAAAGGUUCGCCAGGUCAUCGUGCCUCUAAGACCCAGGUCAAAAAUGAGCCUGAUGAGGAUGUAUGGGAAAUCCUCCAGAAGGCUCCAGCCAGUGAGUAUGAGAAGAUCGCCUUCCAGUAUGGCAUAACAGACCUGCGUGGGAUGUUGAAGAGGCUGAAGAAGAUGAAGAAGGAGGAAAAGAAGAGUGAAGUUUUCCUAAAGAAGCUGGACCCUGCCUACCAGGUAGAAAAAGGGCAUAAAAUGAAACUAUGCAUUGAGGUGGCCAAUGAAGACGUAGAUGUAAAAUGGCUGAAGAAUGGGCAGGAGAUUCAAUCAACUGGAAGCAAGUACAUCUUUGAGAGUGUUGGCAACAAGCGAUACCUCACCAUCAACCACUGCUCACUGUCAGACGAUGCCACAUACACUUGUGUGGUCGGAGAUGAGAAGUGCACCACAGAGCUCUUUGUCAAAGAGCCUCCUGUCACUAUUACAAGUCAUCUGGAGGACCAGAUGGUCAUGAAGGGUGAGCGGGUGGAGUUAGAGUGUGAGGUGUCAGAAGAAGGGGCUACUGUCAAAUGGGAGAAAGAUGGUGUGGAGCUGACAAGGGAUGAGUCCUUCAAGUACCGCUUCAAGAAAGAUGGCCGCAAGCACGUCCUCAUCAUUAAUGAGGCAACUAAGGAGGACUGUGGCCACUACACAGUUAAAACCAAUGGUGGUGAAUCUAUGUCUGAACUCAUGGUGUCAGAGAAGGAACUGGAGGUGUACCAAAACAUUGCUGACCUCACGGUGAAGGCAAAGGACGAGGCUGUGUUUAAGUGUGAGGUCUCAGAUGAGACUGUGAAGGGUAUCUGGUACAAGAACGGAGUGGAAGUGAAGGCCGAUGCCAGGACCAAUAUUACACACAUUGGCAGGAUCCACAAACUCACUAUCGAUGAUGUCAAACCUGAGGACCAGGGUGACUACACCUUUGUUCCAGAGGGAUACGCAUUCAACCUCUCAGCCAAACUCAACUUCCUGGAGGUCAAGAUCGAUUAUGUGCCUCGCCAAGAUCCUCCAAAGAUCCACCUGGACUGCAUGGGUCACACGGCCGACUCCACCAUAAUGGUGGUGGCUGGGAACAAGCUGCGACUGGACGUGCCCAUCACUGGAGACCCAGCGCCUACUGUGAUCUGGACAAAGGGAGAAAAGGCUGGCUCUGAGGUGGCGGCAGAAACAUGGAGCAUCAAGGAUGGGGAUGUGAUGACAGAGGGAGAUGGAAGGCUCCACGUGGAGAGCACCAAGGGACACUGUAUCUUCACUAUUGAGGGAGCGGAUAAACAGGACGAGGGCCUCUACUCUGUGAUUGUGCGGAACCCUGCUGGGGAGGACAAAGCUGACAUUAACGUCAAAGUUGUUGACGCGCCAGACCCUCCCUCGGCCCCAAGGAUCCUCAGUGUUGGAGAGGACUCCUGCGUUGUCCAGUGGGACCCCCCUAAGUCAGAUGGUGGCAACCCGAUCAUUGGCUAUGUGCUGGAGAGGAAGAAGAAGAAGAGCUACAGGUGGAUGAGGCUGAACUUUGACCCCUACACGGAUACUACCUAUGAGGCCAAGAGGAUGAUAGAGGGUGUGGAAUAUGAGAUGCGUGUCUAUGCAGUGAACGCCAUUGGCAUGUCAUGUCACAGCGCUGCCUCACAACCUUUCAUCCCAGUGGCCCCAACCAGUGAGCCCGUCGGCCUGUGCGUGGAUGACAUCAGUGACACUACCAUCUCACUGAAGUGGAGAACCCCGGAGCAUCUGGGUUCGUCUGAGCUGCAUGGCUAUGGGGUCGAGUACUGCAAGGAGGGCUCUGAUGAAUGGGUGCCAGCUUUCGAGGGUCUGACAGAGAGGACAUCUGUGAUCAUCCGGGACCUGCCAACCGGGGAGAAGAUGCAGUUCCGUGUCAGAGCCUACAACAUGGCAGGGCCCAGUGCACCUAUCUCCCUAGCACAGGCCGUCACUAUCCGCGAGAUCAUGCAGAAACCCAAAAUCUGGAUUCCUAGAAAUCUCCGCCAGACCCUCAUCAAGAAAGUGGAGGAGACAAUCAACCUUGUGAUCCCUUUCCAGGGCAAGCCUAGGCCUGUGAUCACCUGGAGUAAAGAUGGGGAGCAUCUGAACCCGAAGCAGGUCAGCGUCCGAAACAGUGACACCGACACAAUCCUGUUCAUCCGCAAGUCAGAGAGGAAGGACUCUGGGAAGUAUGAAGUCAAGCUGCAGAUUGAGAAUGUUGAGGACACAGCCAGCAUCUCAAUUCAGAUAGUCGAUUUGCCUGGGUCUCCAGAGAAACUGAAGAUCAUGGAUGUUUGGGGCUUCAAUGUGGCUCUGGAGUGGAAGCCACCCAAGGACAAUGGAAAUUGUGAAAUAACUGGCUACAUGGUUCAGAAGGCUGACAAGAAGACCAUGGAAUGGUACACUGUCUAUGAACUAUAUAGGCGAACUAACUGUGUGGUGGCUGAUCUCAUCAUGGGGAAUGAAUACAUCUUCCGUAUCUACGCUGUGAACAUGGUAGGCCUCAGCCUAGAGCCCUGCUUCUCAGCAGACAGUGCCUACAUCCAGAAAACAGGUUUCGAAUACAAGCCUCCAACCUACAAGGAGCAUGACUUUUCCGAGGCGCCUAAAUUCACACACCCUCUAGUGAGCCGUUCAGUCAUAGCAGGCUACAACGCCACCCUCAGCUGCUCUGUCAGAGGCAUCCCCAAGCCCAAAGUGACAUGGUACAAAAACAAGAUGGACAUCUCCAACGAGGCCAAGUACCGUAUGUUCAGUAAGCAGGGCGUACUCACCCUGGAGAUCCGCAAGCCCUGCUCAUUUGAUGGGGGAGUGUACAUGUGCAAAGCAGUCAACGCCAGUGGAGAAGAUGUAGUGGAGUGCAAGCUGGAGAUUCGCCAUGGGCCAUUGCAGCAGAUGACCGGGUUCCACUCCUAUCAGCUAAACACAAGAAGUGGCUCCAGUGGGCACACGAUCACCAACACUGGACAAUUGCGGUGUGGAAAUACAUUGCCUGGUCCGAAGAAUCCCGGUUGCUGUUGCGUCAUGCUGAUGGCAGAGUCAGGACUUCGCGUAAACAGCUUGAGUCUAUAGCCCCAUCCUGCCUGGUGUCGAUGGUACAGGCUGGUGGCGGUGGUGUAAUGGUGUGGUGAAUGUUUUCCUGGUACACGUUAGGGCCCUUGAUACCAAUUCAGCAAUGUUUCCAUAUCCUGAAGAAUUCAGGCAAAGGGGGGACCGACCCGGUACUAGAUUGAUGUACCUAAUAAACUGUCCACUGAGUGUGCAUGGUGAUUGUCAAGAUUUCCAACUUCCUAUGUACUUCACUCUGUUUACAGUCUGGAACAGGUACCCUUAGUACAUAUGUGUCCAUCAAAUAUGAAGUCAUAUAUGAAUGUCUGAAAAUGUCAUCAUAUAUGAAUGCUUCAAACUCAUAUUUGAAACAUGAUUUGGGGUUCCCUUAUGAAAUAAUACAUUUGGACAUCAAAUCUGAGAGGGAAGAAUUCUACUUGUACAUGUUAAAUGGUAUGUUCAAAUCUAGAACAUGUAUCAUGGUAAUCAUUGUAUGUUCUAGUGGGCAAAUACAGUAAAUCUAUUCUUCCUAUUUGAGAUUUCAUUUUAACAUAUACAGACAUAUCAUUAUGUCUUCAUACGGGUAUAUUAACUCCCUGACGGACCUUUAGAAUGUACACUGGAAUACAUGUAAAGGUUCUAAAUGGAUCCUGCCACCAUGACAUGAUCCAUCUCCUCUGACGUGUGUCUCUCCUUCUGUCUGUAACCCCACCAUGCUGUGUCCUG